AUGGCAAUCAUGCUAGUCACAUUCCUCUUCAUAUCAGUGGAGCUCUUCGUCAGACGGAAACCGUUAUCGCCCGACGGAACCAUCCCCUCCAAGAACCUCCGCCACAUCGAGCACUCCAUCAUGGCCCUCUCCUUCUUCGUCUACGCCCUUUUCGCCACCCUUUUCGACAUAAUCUCCCCACCGGCCCGAGACGGGCUCCUCCAUUUCCUCCAGGCCGUUGCGUUUUCGCAGCAGCUCCUCAUUCUCCACCUCCAUUCAACUGAUCAUAUGGGAGUUGAAGGACAGUACCACUGGCUGCUCCAAAUACUCACAUUUGUGUCUCUUACCACUACUCUUCUAUCCAUUGCCUACCCCAAGAGCUUCUUGGUCUCAUUUGUCAAGGCCUUUAGUGUGGUUUUCCAAGGUGUUUGGCUGAUUGUCACCGGCAUCAUGCUGUGGACGCCGCAAUGGAUACCGAAAGGGUGUUUCUUGAAGACGGUAUCCGGCCGUGACGCUGUAUUCUGCCACGGUGAUCGGGUCCUCGACCGGGCUAAGGCACUUGUGAACAUUGAAUUCGGAAUGUACUUGAUCUUGUUGACCGUGCUCUCAAUAGUUUUCUACCUGGUCAUGAUCAAAUUAUACCCUCGUGAAAAAGUCAAAUAUCAAUCAUUGACUACGAGGUGUUAUAUUGAGGAGGAGGACGAGGACGUUGAUCAUGAGAGUGAAAAGGAACUCAAACUUGGCAUGUCAAGAAAUACUCUUCCAUAG